CCGUGAGCGGGGUCUAUAAAGAGGUCUGGAACAGUCCGGCAUUUGGUCUGGUCUGAACUUAAACACAGUUGCAAUGGGCAAGAUUAUCUUCUACGAAGACAGGAACUUCCAGGGUCGUCACUACGAGUGCAGCAAUGACUGCUCCGAGAUGCAGGCCUACUUCAGCCGCUGCAACUCGAUAAGAGUGGAGAGCGGUUGCUGGGUGGCCUACGAGAAGCCCAGCUACAGUGGCUACCAGUACAUGCUGCACAAGGGCGAGUACCCUGACUACCAGCGCUGGGCAGGCUUCAAUGACUGCAUCCGCUCCUGCCGCAUGGUGCCAGCUUACAACGGCAAAUACAGGAUGAAGAUCUUUGAGCGAUCCGACUUUGGGGGUCAGAAUCUGGAGCUGAUGGACGACUGCCCAGAUCUGCACGAGCGCUUCCACACCCGCGACAUCUCCUCCGCCAACGUCAUGGAGGGCUACUGGAUGCUGCACGAGCACCCCAACUACAGGGGGCGCCAGUACUACUUGCGUCCCGGCGAGUACAGGAGGCACAGCGAGUGGGGAAGCACCAGCCCGACCUUUGGCUCGCUGAGACGUGUCACUGAGCUCAACUGAUUCACAGUUAUUUUCCACCAACUGUUGAGCUCUUCACCCUCUGGUCCCCACAACGCUCACAGUGUCUCAGUCUGGUCAUAACCACGUGUUAUGACCAGACUUGAAAUAUUAACGUUGGGGGGAUUUCUUUUUUUUUAGAGCGUCUGAUGUUGGGUUUGAGUUUUGUUGGGUCACUCAGUUCUCCUGCAGUGAACAGUGAUGUUUUUUUUGUUCCUUGCUUUGGUCGUCCUGUAGCAAAACGCUUUGCCCCGCAGGUCCCCCACCUCCUGUCCUACUGGAAUGACAAUAAAUGAAAACUUGAUGAAAGUCAA